CCGGGGCUGGAGAGACGGCUGCUGCCGGGGAAGGGGGAGGGGAGCUGUGGAGAGACUGCAGCUGCCGCUGCUGGGGGAUGGGGCCGGGACAUGGAGACACCGCUGCCGGGGGGGAGCCGGGCGCGGAGCACGUUGCUGCGGCGGCGGGAGGAGGGAGCCGGCAUCCCGGGUCCUUUCAUUCCCGCUUCCCCGCGGCCAGGGAGGAAGGAGAACGAGCGCGGGCCCCGGCUGCUUCACCAUGACCUCCCGGCCACCUCCAGCCCGUGUUUGCAUGUUCUCCUGAAAGCAGCAGCCCCUGCCAUGUAACAUGACCUGUGCAGCCAGGGCCCAGUGCAGCGCAGCCAUUGAGCUCUCCCUGCACAUGAAUCUCCUGCGUGUCUCCCCCUCGCCCCUUUGAAAACUGAUCUUUGGCUCUUAGUGUGAAAGUGAUUUGAAUUUGGCUCGGCGGCGCUCUGCGCAGGCGUCCAGCUGCUGGCAUGCUGGCUCCUUGCAAAGCAGCUGUUUUGGGUUUGAAAUUCCAACAUGGCAGAGGCUGCAGUCAGUCUUCCCUUCAAAAACUUGGAAUGAUUUCAAAUCAUAGGCACCUUCACUUAACCCGAGCCCCCAUUCAUCAGCAAACACAUCGGAUCGAUGCUAUUCUAACCUAUCGGGUGCUUAUACCAAACCUCCAGGUUAAAUGAAUACCUGACGAAAGGGCCCACGUUUCAAGGCAGUGACAUUUGAUAGCUGAGAGGAAAAGUGGCUUUAAUGAAAAGCAACCUUUGGAAUUCCUGCUUGUGAAAAAUCCAAUUCAGCUUUUUGUGCUGCCAGCAAGAAAUGAUCAGUAGCACCAGUGUUUAUGGCUUGAAGAUGCAGUGGACGCCGGAGCAUGCCCAGUGGCCAGAACAGCACUUUGAUAUCACUUCAACCACCCGGUCUCCUGCCCACAAGGUGGAAGCAUACCGUGGACACCUGCAGCGCACCUAUCAGUAUGCCUGGGCCAAUGAUGACAUCUCUGCUCUGACUGCCUCCAAUCUGUUGAAAAAAUAUGCAGAAAAGUAUUCUGGCAUUUUAGAAGGGCCGGCUGAACGACCCAUCCUUAGUAACUAUUCCGAAGCUCCGUCAGGGCUGGUGAACGGUCGGAAGAAUGAAAGUGAACCCUGGCAGCCUUCUUUGAAUUCGGAGAGUGUUUAUCCAAUGAACUGUGUCCCUGAUGUUAUUACUGCCAGCAAAGCUGGAGUAAGUACAGCCCUCCCUCCCGCAGACGUCUCUGCCAGCAUAGGGAGUUCACCUGGGGUGGCCAGUAACCUGACAGAACCUAGUUAUUCUAGUAGUACCUGUGGAAGUCAUACAGUUCCUAGUCUUCAUUCAGGGCUCCCAUCUCAGGAAUAUGCUACAGGAUACAAUGGCUCUUACUUACAUACUAGCUACAGUGGCCAGCCAGCACCUGCACUUCCUUCACCUCAUCCAUCUCCCUUGCAUAGCUCUGGGCUUUUACAGCCCCCACCACCACCACCACCACCACCAGCCCUAGUCCCAGGCUACAAUGGGACUUCUAACCUCUCCAGUUACAGCUAUCCUUCUGCUAGUUAUCCUCCUCAAACUGCCGUUGGUCCUGGGUACAGCCCUGGCGGUGCACCACCUCCGUCAGCAUACUUGCCUUCAGGAAUUCCUGCUCCUACUCCUUUGCCCCCAACCACUGUACCCAGUUACACUUACCAGAGUCACGGUUUGACACCCAUUGCACCAUCAGCUCUGACAAAUAGUACAGCGAGUUCUCUCAAAAGGAAAGCUUUCUACAUGGCAGGGCAAGGAGAAAUGGACUCCAGUUAUGGAAAUUACAGCUAUGGCCAACAGAGAUCUACACAGAGUCCAAUGUACAGAAUGCCCGACAACAGCAUUUCAAAUGCAAACAGGGGGAAUGGCUUUGACAGAAGUGCUGAAACAUCAACCUUAGCAUUUAAGCCAACAAAGCAGCUAAUGUCCUCUGAACAGCAAAGGAAAUUCAGCAGCCAGUCCAGUAGGGCUCUGACACCCCCAUCCUAUAGUACUGCUAAAAAUUCAUUGGGAUCAAGAACAAAUGAAUCCUUUGGGAAGUAUACCUCCCCUGUAAUGAAUGAACAUGGUGAUGAGCAUAGACAGCUCCUUCCUCACCCAAUGCAAGGCCCCGGACUUCGUGCAGCUACCUCAUCCAACCACUCUGUGGACGAGCAACUGAAGAAUACUGAUACACACCUCAUUGACCUUGUAACCAAUGAGAUUAUCAACCAAGGACCUCCAGUGGACUGGAAUGACAUUGCUGGCCUAGAUCUGAUAAAGGCUGUCAUUAAAGAGGAGGUUUUAUGGCCAGUAUUGAGGUCAGAUGCAUUCAAUGGACUGACUGCUCUACCUCGGAGCAUCCUUUUAUUUGGACCUCGGGGAACAGGCAAAACAUUAAUGGGCAGAUGCAUAGCUAGUCAGCUAGGGGCUACAUUUUUCAAAAUCACUGGCUCUGGUCUUGUCACAAAGUGGUUAGGGGAAGGAGAGAAAAUAGUUCAUGCUUCCUUCCUUGUGGCAAGGUGUCGCCAACCCUCAGUGAUUUUUGUUAGUGACAUUGAUAUGCUUCUUUCAUCUCAAGUGAGUGAAGAACACAGUCCAGUAAGCCGGAUGAGAACCGAGUUCCUUAUGCAGCUGGACACCGUACUAACUUCUGCUGAGGACCAAAUAGUAGUAAUUUGCGCCACAAGUAAACCAGAAGAAAUAGAUGAAUCUCUUCGAAGGUACUUCAUGAAACGACUUUUAAUCCCACUUCCUGACAGCACAGCGAGGCACCAGAUAAUAGUACAACUGCUCUCACAGCACAAUUACUGUCUCAAUGACAAGGAGGUUGCACUGCUUGUCCAGCGCACAGAAGGCUUUUCUGGACUGGACGUAGCUCACUUGUGUCAGGAAGCAGUGGUAGGCCCGCUCCAUGCCAUGCCAGCCACAGACCUUUCAGCCAUUAUGCCCAGCCAGUUGAGGCCAGUUACAUAUCAAGACUUUGAAAAUGCUUUCUGCAAGAUACAGCCUAGCAUAUCUCAAAAAGAGCUUGAUACAUAUGUUGAAUGGAACAAAAUGUUUGGUUGCAGUCAGUGAUACUACUUUAAAAAAUGUAAUGAAUGUUGGCACACACACAACCUGCUACAUAGGGUAUAGAACCCCUUUUCAGUAGUGUUCAAAUUUCAAAGGGUACUGGGAAGACUACAAUUUACCUUGCCUCUAAAGAGUCAGGGUAGACUUGAAGGAAAAGUGCAUCAAACAAGAGCUGCUGAUCUGAAAAGCCACACAUGACAGAAAGCGUAUGUUGAUGCUCAGUUCUGUUCAAGCUAGACAACACUCACCAAGGAGCAAGGUGCAAGUGGGUUGAUUUCAGAAGGACAUGAACCCUGUGUGUUGAUUCCAUUCUGCUGUUCUUGAGAUUUAGUUGCUGUCAAGUGCCUGAAGUGGUGCUUUAUUUUUUGUUUGCCUCACAAUUACAUUGGUGGCAUGUGCUAAUAUAAAGAGCUUUAACUUCAAACAUUAUUCGGACUAAAGAGAUGAACGGUUGUGUUGUGACAGAGAACCAGAUUUUUGCUAUUCUAAGAGCAACAGUAUUCCUCAAUCCUGUCUGUUCUGCAGUAUUAAACUAAGAACAGGUAAAACAGGGUAACGGUAAUCUGGACCUUAAUUUCUGCAGUUCAUUUCUUUUAAUGUUCUGUCUGCAAAAACUCAGGAAAGUGAUUGUGAUUUGUACAGUACCUCAAAGGAAUGUGUUGAAAGCACUAUGUACUGCUGAGAGUUAUAGGCUAGGCUUCAAUGUUACUUUAUAUUAAAUAUGUAUGUUUACCUCAACAAUUGGAAAAUGGCAAGGAAAAUUACUUUGAAUGUAUCCGGGAAAAUACUGAAGUGUGAUAUGACUGAAUCUUUACAGCUUUAAAGUAGAAACAGAAGUGUUAAGAAACGGUUCUUUUGCCAAUUUCUGGGAACAGAACAGAAUAAUUCUCUUGUUGGUAAACUGUAAGAGGUUUCAGCAUAUUGCUCCUUUAUAAUUACGCGAUACAGUCUUUAGAAGGUGCACAGAUGAAAAGAGAGCCACUUAAUCAGUUUAUGUUUGCAUCUGGAACAGUCAAAUAUUAGAUUCCAUAGGACUCCGAGAGGCAAAUUACCUUUAAACUAUGACUGCUGGCCUUUUAUUACUUGGCUGUAGUUGUAGUUUUGCGGUUAUUUUGGUAAAACUGUAAGGAAUGGAAUCCUUGUAGGUCACGGGCAUAGCUAUGGGGUGCAGAACUGUUUAUAGCAAUGGAGUAGACCAUGACCAAACAAACAAUACAAAUAAUAAAGCAAAACUGAACCCUCAAAGUACUUUUAUUUCCCCACCCAAACUGUAAAGUUUCAUUUUUAUGGUGUCCGUAUGGCUCCAUUGUCUUUAAUGCAAUCUUCAUUUAGCAUCCAUUAGUAAUCUUUUCGGCUGGAGUGUACCCACCAUUAUUGCUACCUCAGUUUUGUUACGUUUCUCUUGGAAAGCAAAGUAAGAAAUAAGACAAAAAAUAAAGACAGAUUACAUUAGGAAUGCUAACCUGCUAAACGAGUUUAAGAGAUCUGCUGUUUUCUCCUGAAGUCACGUUUCUCCGUUCCUUAAGCCCUCCCGGCCCCCUCCCAUACACGUACUGUGGAGUCUUCCUUCUGGAAAGACUAGCUGGCAUGUGUGGCAUUUUGCUCUGUUCUUCCCCUGCCACACAGUGUCUUUCUUUUUAUCCUUUAAUGCUUUAUGUGCAACUUUUUUCAUGACAGCUGACUGAUGUUGGGUAAUGUCUGUGAACAGGAGCAGCGUACGCUGCAGCUGCCCAAAGCCUCUGCCACCGCAUGUGCAGAACAGCCUUGCUUUUUUGAAUGUAAUUUUUGUUGUUGUUGUUUACUUUAAAGAGACGGUAACAAAACUGUUGCGAAGCACUGGCAUUUAAUGUUUCUGUUAAGUAAUGUACAUUCAAAAAUGUUAAAGAAAUGCACUGAAAGCCCCAAGAAGAGAGAUACCAAUCUGUUACCAGAUCAUGUUUGUCUUCUCAAAAAUUGUACAGAUCUCAUC